AACUCAUUACGACUGUUCAAAAUGUUGAAUAAUGUCAACAAGCGUUUGGCACCAAAAAUAGGAUUUAUAGACGUCACAUUGUUUGUUGUUGUCGGUUGUAAUUCGCUUUUGAGACCGAUUUUUGAUUAGUUAUGUGAUCUAUUUGACCACGAGCAUUUUUCGCACCAGUUUUUGCCAACUGACAUUAGAUCUUUUAGAAAUCGAUUUAACUGUUGUAUUCCAGUUUGAAAAACAAAACGUCUUUUUUUUGUUGGUUUUUGUUAUUGUUUUGUUUAGCCAUAGUAAGCACAAUGACAGUCUGUUAACUUAAUGUUAUGUAUGUUUCCCUCAUUCGGUAAGGGACCUGUUUCAUUGCAUAGGAUUGUGCGCAGUAGUACAUUUGAAAAUUUCUGACAUUGUUGACUUUUGCGUGUGGGAAGUAAACAAAUGUCUGUCACAUUCACGGAAAAGCUAGUAAAAAUGAGGUUAAAAUUAGCAAAAAAAAAAAGAAAAAAAAAGAAGAAGCAACACUGAAGUUGACCCACUCAUAAACAUGGCACAUUUCAUAGACUAAUUUGAAAGAAAACUUAAAUUUUGUCUGUCGUCAACUGUUCUACUAUCUAGUUAUUUAAGUCACAUGAUUGCACAAUUCCUUCAGUUAAGAAAAUAAUUUGCCGUGGAAAAAUAGUGUCCACAGAAUUUUCCAUGAAAAUUUUACUGUUAGCAUGUUUGCAACUGGUUUGUAAGUAAAUCUGAAUGAUGAGUUUAUUUGUUUUGUUUGCCAAUAUGCUGUACGAUUUAUUUAUAGCAGUGGCAGUAUUUGUUGAUUGAAAGUGACAUAACAGUUAACACACGGAUGACACAAGCAUGAUCAAGAACAAUGGGGUUGCAAGGAGAUGACAAUUUAUUGUAACCUCUGUAUAAAGAUAUAAUAAAGUGAAACCAGUCUAUGGUGUUGAAAUGAGUGAAAACCUUUAAAACUCGACCAUUCCCUAACUGGUACUUCUCGGAGGUAUGUGCGGUUUUUUUAACAUUAUGAGAAAUGUAUUUCACUGUAUUACAAACACCAGGAUAACCAGGAACACUCAGAUGUAUUAAAAUGGGUAGUCUAAACAAUAAACUGUCAUUAAUGUCUUAUUUUAAUAAUCAAAAACAUAUCUAAUAGUGAACAAUAUGUGGUAGGCUUUAAAAACUAGGCCAAAGCGGUUCAGUUAAACAAUUAUUUCAAUAUUUUAACCAGUGCAAUUUCUGCAUGAUACACUGUAGUCAUAAAAUAUUAGCUAUCUUAAAAUUUAGCUAAAUCCAGAUAAGUGACAUAUUAGCAAUUUUUUUUUUUUAGUGAGGUCAUGAUAAAAACUGAAAAAGAAUACAUACUUGAGCAGGCCUGGAAAUAUAUAUUUUUUUAGUGGUACUUGUCAAAAUGACCUAUGUCAAUCAAUUUGAGCCUAUCAAAAAUGAAACUCUGCCUGUCGACCAAAUAUUGCAAUAAUGUUACUAUUAUGCUGUAUUAAUCAUGUACUAUUACAUAUACCCAUAGAACUACUAUUCAUGAUGUAGUGAAACUCCUCUAUGGUAAAGUAUGGUUUUGAUGGAUUUGUAUUCUGUUCACUGUUAAAUAUAGAAAAAGUAAUAAAACUGGAAAAUAACAAAUUUCUACAAUCAAUUGUGGAUAAAAUAAUGCAACACAUUUAUAAGCACUUAGAUUGGGGGUUGGGCGUUUUGUUCAUAAUCAAACACGUUAACAUUUCGUUGGACUGUCUGACAUGCUGUAAUUUCAUUUGGAAAUUAAAUACAGUUGAUACCUUUCUACAAAGCCAACUUGAAAAAUUCAUUUGAUUAUAUAAACAUUAAACAAAUUACCGCAGAAAAACAGGCGAUGAGGCCUACAAUAUGUCAAAUUCCAAUCACGUACGAAAACUGAAAUAACUUUAUAAUAACAAAGCACCUAAUAAACAUAUUGAAUGUGUACUUCAGUUAUUUAAUUUUGUUUUUUUGUUUUCCUUUAAUUUUGAUUGCUUAAUUGACAUUCAUCAGAACUGCAAAACACGCUAACGUACUGUUGAUAAAUAUAGACUGACAGCUAAACUGUAUCAUGCACAUAUCACACUACCUGUCUAAUUGGCCAAUGUAAAUCAUGACCGCUACCCUUGGGACCGUGCGGUUUCCAAGGUACAACUUGACACUAGAUUAUUUGUCCACUGUUCAGUUUAGACAGUAAAAUGUUCGUAUUAAAAGAUGCAUUGAUUAUUUUAGCCAUUCGGAACACAUUGGAUCAUCAAGCAUGCUCGAGCCUAUUAAUAGACAUUGAAAAAACCAUUUUGGGGCAAAUGCGAAGAUGUUCUAGCAACAGUUCCAUAAGCACGUGCAUGCUGCAUGAUAUGUGAAUGGCACAGUUGACUGGAAUGCGUACAGUAACAACAACCACACGUUGGACUCCACCUCCCCAGACAUGAUGCAUGAUACGUCCAGGUUCCGUAUCGGAAGACUUGACAUGCUUGGAAAUCACAGUGAUGGAGGAGGCACGUCGUCGCGAUCCAGCUCCGCCCCGUCGUCAGGGCGACGGCGACCAGACAUGCAGCUCGACUGUCACAGACUGGCACCAGAGAGACGGAGGACCGGCAUGCAGCUUGAUUGUCAGAUUAGAUCGCGGCCGCCUGACAGCCGAGAGAUCGAUCAGAAGUACGAGGAGAUAAUGAAACAGUCGGGAAUACUCACAAUAAAUAAACAGAAAAUCCACACAGAAAUCGGUGACCUGGAAUCUCAAGGUGAACUAGGUCACGGGACCUGCGGGCAGGUCAUCAAGAUGAAACACAAGGGAACAGGCUAUCUCAUGGCAGUCAAGCAAAUGCGACGAUCUGGAAACAAGGAAGAGAACAAAAGAAUAAUAAUGGAUCUCGACGUUGUUCUGAAGAGUCACGACUGCCCGUAUAUCGUGCAGUGUAUCGGAACAUUUAUCACGUCUAGUGAAGUCUGGAUCUGUAUGGAAUUGAUGUCAACGUGUCUGGACAAACUUCUCAAGAGAACACACAAACCGAUUCCCGAAAGAAUUUUAGGCAAAAUGGCUGUCGCUAUUGUGCGAGCUCUUCACUAUCUGAAAGAAAACCAUGGAGUCAUUCAUCGAGAUAUCAAGCCCUCCAACAUUCUACUGGAUGAGAAGGGAACGGUCAAGCUGUGUGAUUUCGGGAUCAGCGGGAGACUGGUCGACUCGAAAGCCAGGACGCGGACAGCAGGCUGUGCGGCGUACAUGGCGCCUGAGCGAAUUGAUCCACCGGACCCAUUGUGUCCAGACUAUGACAUCCGAGCUGACGUCUGGAGUUUAGGAAUCUCACUGGUUGAGCUGGCCUCAGGUGAGUUUCCGUACAAAGACUGUAAAACCGACUUUGAAGUGCUGACCAAAGUGUUACAAGAAGACCCACCACUGCUACCACCUGGCGAAGACUUUUCACACGAGUUCUGUUCCUUUGUUAGAGAUUGUUUAACGAAAGAUUACAAGAAGAGACCAAAGUAUAAAAAGUUAUUGGAGCACACAUUCAUCAAGAGGUAUGAGAAAGAGUCAGUAGAUGUUGGUAUGUGGUAUACAGCCAUUUCCAAAACCAUCGAGGUGAAGGCAUCUUGACAGCCGAUAGACUUCAUUGGAUGAAGAUGAUAGUUGUAUAUCAAACCUCAAACACUGGUUGGACUGUCAAUGUGCCGGGAAAAAAAAAAGAGAAGAGAAGACUACAUUACCAAGGGAAGUAACUGCUGUGCUGACUUUGGUUCCCCCAAUAGGUUCCAUCGAUUUGCAUUGUUUCUGCUUCUGACACAUGCGGCAGCCAUGGCAGAUUGUCUGGAACUGUCCUCCAGUGUUUGUUUUCGUCCUGUUUGCUGGGUCGACCAUCUCAUUGUUUCCGCUAGUCCUAGACCCGUAAUCGGAUGAGACCUCAGGAUGCGUCCAGUUUUUAGUCCUUGCUGCAUCAUUGCUGCCUGUUCCUGUGCUUAUAUGUUUUACUGAGCAGGGUUUCUGGAUGUUUGCACAGUUUUGUUCUGUACGAGAUUGUUGACCGUUUCAAGUCUCCAUACUAUUACUGCAGAGCUCUUCCCAUCCACUCACUGGUAGGGUUCGACUAAUGGGCAUUUAAGUUUCCAACCAGUAAUUAAAAGUUCUGCCCAGCACUUUUGCUGCUGUUCAUGCUGCCAACUAUAAUAAUAUUCCAGUGUGUAAACAACCCACCACCCCCCACAAAAAAACCCCCAAAAACAAAAAUUGUUUUAAAAAUAAAUAAAUAAA